AUGGCGAUUUCGGAAUUCCUGGCCAACGGCCUGGAUGAAUAUCUGCCCGUUAAUGCACGUUCGCGUGCGUGGCGAGUCCGCAUUCAGCGUCUUUGGAGCGAGCUCUUGUUCGUGACUUUACAUAUCACUGCCCCUAUGGUAACCAAGGACGCAAAACUUCAUUCACGAACCAUUUUCGCUCUGCUCAUCUUUCCUUCUUAUUCUCAUCAACCCAGCUACGUCGACGUUGUUGAUAAUUGA